AUGGGCUUCCUGAUAACAUUCAUCAAGACUACAAUAGCUGAUGUGGCAUUCCUAACUAACUGUGAUGAUGUGUCAAAUGAUGUGGCAGUAGUCAUAUAUCUUCAACAUUUCCGGUUGCCUGGUAUUGCACAUGCUAAGAAAAACCAACCACCAUCAAGCUCGUCAGAUGUUCCUAAAGGUUAUUUUGCAGUCUAUGUUGGGAAAGGGGAGAGCCAGAACAAGCGGUUCGUGAUUCCGGUUUCAUAUUUGAACCAGUCCUUUUUCCAAGAUCUGUUAAGUCGAGCUGAAGAAGAAUUUGGAUACGAUCAUCCAAUGGGUGGUAUCACACUACCCUGCAGUGAAGAUACCUUCAUCUCACUUCCCGUUUGUGUGAGUAAACCCUAA